UGGUGUUGUGUCCUGUACACAAGGAGUUAUUUUUGCUCUUAGGUCUGUUUAAUUAGUUAAGUUUCUGCUGGCAAGAAAAGAGGAUUACAACUUCUGAGCCUUUCACAGAGAGAUGAUUGGCUAACACACACACUGACUCCUGCUGCUUGUUUUUUAGUCUGCAUACUAGCCAUGCCUGGACACUUGGUGAAUGCAGUAUAUUCAGUUGUUACAAUUUUUUCACAAUCGUUGCUUUGAAAAACAGACAUGGGAAACUUCACUGGGUCGACUGUGGAUGAACUAGAAGCUUGCCAGAGUCAUCAGUGGUACAGAAAAUUCAUGACCGAGUGCCCAUCUGGACUUGUCACCUAUUACGAGUUCAAGCAAUUAUUUGGCCUGAGGAAUCUGUCGGAUACGUCAAAUGCCUACGUUGAGACAAUGUUUAAAACAUUCGAUUUGAAUGGUGAUGGAUACAUGGAUUUCAUGGAGUAUGUAGCCGCUCUGAGCCUGGUUCUGAAAGGAGGGGUGCAGCAGAAGCUCCGCUGGUACUUUAAACUGUAUGAUAUCGACCGGAGUGGCUGCAUCGACCGUGAGGAGCUGCUUCUGAUAAUUAAGUCCAUCCAUGCAAUCAGUGGAAUUCCAGGUGAGAUGUCAGCAGAGGACUUUGCCAACAUGGUGUUUGACAAGAUUGACACCAAUGGAGAUGGUGAACUGUCCUAUGAGGAGUUCAUGGAGGGGGUUCAGAAUGACGAAAUGCUGCAGAAGACACUAACAGAGCGCUUGGACCUCACACACAUUGUAAAAAAAAUACAAGGAGAAAUGAGGACCAAAAUGUAAUAUUUCCAAUGUUACGUACCCCUAAAAUAUAUUUUUUUGUAUAAUUGUGCCACAGCCGAAUGAUUGAAGAUGAAUUCAGGAUAAAUGGAUGUGGACAAAUCUAUCCAUCUAUAUCAAAAGUUGUAUUUAAUGAAAGGACACACACUUUGAAAUGCAGAAAAGUAAGCUACCUCUGUGAAAAAAAUAAUGGAGUCAGGAUGCUACUUUAUGAUAAAAUGUCUUCUUGUCAGCUUCAGGUUCUGAAAUAACUGAAGCAAAUUUAAUGGGUCUACGUUAUAACGUUAAUAACUUAGAUUAUUUAACUGUAUCAGCGUUCAGGUGCAUCCUCUGCUGGAAAAAACUUUGCAUGAUUUCUGUGCUCAUUAAGUGCCAUUAUUGCCAUUCAUUGUAGCCAUUGUAUGCUGUUUGACAUUACAUAAGUGUUGAACUUCAUGUAUGUGUAAAAUAUGUGUAAAAACCAACCAGUAGAAUCCAGAGACCCUUUGACUUUCUUAAUUGUAGUGUUUUAUAUACUGUACAGUAAAGCCUCCUGAGAUGUCCCCUCUUCUGAGCAAUGCAGAGAUGUUUUGUACAUUAAAGCCUUUACAGAAAAUCUCUUUUAUACUUUGAAUGAAUUAGAUACAAAAAACUACAUCCACUGAGGUAGGCAGGACAGUAGCUGUAAUGUUUAAUUUAAAAUAAACAACUUUACCUUUAAUCAGCCUCUAGUUGGAUUCUGACUGACUGUUUAUUAUUUAGGACAACCUCAGGGCAUUUCCAUGUUUCUCCCUUAAGUUAUUUUUUUGUAUUA